GAGCACCAAGUAUAAGAAAUGGAUUAACCUUUCUUCUAUACGUUAGAAAACACAUUAUAGAGAUUUCCGUGCCGUUUCAAACACACAAGUGACAACUCCAGCAGCAACGCAAGAUGAGGCGGCGUCAAGAUCAAGAAUUAGACUCUCACCCAAACAAGCCAACAACUGAACAGGAGAAAACAACACAGGUUAUACGCACACAUGUGAAAAAACAGUCCCCAGCAUUUUCUCCAUCCCUGGCCAGCGUGAGUGCCGCCCUAGGCCAUGCUGGGGUCGCCGGAGGAAAGGAAAGAAGCACACCAGCGGGCGAGAGAGGACAGGAUAUUCGAGCCUGAGAUUGUUGGCGUUCACUCUCACUCCCGCGAAGAUGAUGCAGAUACUGACACAUGUUCCCGCUGCUUCACCAUGCCUUCCGGUGACCAGUGCUGCCCUCAAGAACCCCAUGGAGCCUUGCACACUGAGGGUGGGGCGGAGCGAAAUCCCUUGGAGGACGAGGAGGAGGAGGGCGAGGAUCUGGAAAAGGAGAAUGAGAAAAUUGAAGGAAUCGCCACGGAGAAGAACGAUCUGUCCAAAGAUGAUAUUAAUAGCAAGUUGAGGUUUAUCUUUCACCUGGAUGGACUCAAGGAGGCAGGCGGACUGCUGUACAUAGGCUGUGAAAAUGACAAGGAGAAGACCAAUCCCUCUAAGAUAAUGGAAUGGUUCAGUGCAGAGUUUCUUAACCUGCACCGAGUGUAUGCCAUUAGGGAGGAGGAGCCGUUCCUGCUGAAGGUGUUCACACGCAACCAUGAAAUGACCAACAGAGGCAUCAGGAAGAAGGGCGGUCGCAAGGUGAUGCUGAUGGGGAAGGAGGUGUUUGGAGAUGUGUUGCUUGCCUGUGGUCACUGCGGCUACUGGUCCCGGGAGGGGAGCAAUGUGCGGCGGCACCUCAAGAAGGCUGUGUGCCUCAAGGACAGAGGCUACUGUAAGGAGCAGCUGGCCGGGUUGGACAGGACAGAGCGCCGCAGGUUCCUCAGGAGAGUGGCAGCCGCCAAGUGUCGGGCCAAGAAAAAGGCCAGAGUACUCAGUGAAGGGAGUGACAGGAGGCUGGGUGAGGAAGACGGCACACCAUGCAUCACUACCAUCACCACCAUGCCCACUGCCAUGACUCUCACCACCACCACCACCACAGCCACCACCACGGAUGCUUUCACUGGCCUCAGCACCACUACAGCCUCUGCUACAGAUUACCCAUCCUGCCCCCUUGAGUCCUCAGAGGAGCCCUUUGCAGAGUGCCUGGUGGAGAUUGAGGAGCGGUGUUACCCAGGUGGUGAUGGGAAGGGAACAGGGAUGCCACCCUCACCCCAGCACCACCAACACCACCAACAGCAAGACCAGCAGCAACACCAACAGCCACUACCACAGCAACAGCACCAGCAGCAACAACAACAACAACAGCAGCAACAACAGCAGCAGCAGCAGCAGCAGCAGCAGCAGCAGCAACAACAACAACAGCAGCAGCAACAACAGCAGCAGGCCAAGAGGAAGCUGGCACGCCACAAGGCACUGCUAUUGGGGCCGGCAGUGAUGCAGGAAGCAGUGUUGAGAGCACCUUAUGACAUCUUCACUGUCAAUGAGAACAAUGAGAGGCUGGCAUGGAAACCCCCUCAGUGCCAUAAGGUAUGUCCUGGAAAUCCAUGCCAAAUAGUGUUCAAAGGAGCUCGCAUGAAGAGGCGCUGUCUGGAUCUGCCUUUGCCAAGAAUACUGAUCUACCGCAAGCUGGACUGCAAGACACACCACUGUAACUUUACGCUGUUCCACCCCAGUGCAAGGGCAGCUUUCCACUGUGAUAGUAAUGCCAAGGCCUCCAUUGACAUCAAGAUGUAUGGAGACAUUGUAAUGACGCAGGAGUUUUAUCACUACUUUGUGUCUCUCCUGUCCAUCAUGAAAAUGAAGUCUUCCCAGACAGCGCGCCACCUUACCACAGUGUGGGAGACUAUCCUGGCUGAACGGCUGGGUGUGGCCACCAUCCCCGAGGAGUACCGCAAGAUUAUCACUCUCUCCAAGCAGACGGUGAAGUCAAUCUGGAGCAGCAUUGAGGAGGAGGCCGAGAGUCGAGGAGUGGCCCGGCUGUCCAAGGGAUCUCGCCGCAGGAAAAAGCUGCCGCCUCCUGUGCUUCCGUCCUCAGUGUCCUUGCCACCGCCCUUCCCCUGCCACCCACCAUUCCAUUCUCCUCUGGCAUGGAUGUGUGUGGCAUGGCCCAGCCUCCCCCAGCACACCCAUGCAUGAAACGCCUCAACUCCACAGCCUCCAAGCCACCUGCACUGCCUCCUCCACCUCCUCCCCCGCCGCCACCUCCAAACCAUCCACCACCACUAUCAACUCAUCCCCCACCCCCAUCAACUCAUGCUCCACCUGGCCCUCCUAAAACCACCAUGAUGACCCUCCCCCCUCCUCCUCCACCUCCUCAUGCUCCACCUCCUCACCCUCCCCACCACAAUGGCAUGCAGCAAGCAGUUCCACACACCACUGUCAACCACACACACUGGCUGGGUCAAGCUCCACAGUACCCACACAACAUGGCACCAUACCCCAUGGCACCACACCACCACUCAGCAGAGUACUACCCAGUGCCCACUCACUUCAUGACCCAGUAUACUUCAGCAAGCAUGGGUACCUCCCCAUAGCCUGGACACAGGCCACUGUGUCACUGAAAUGAGUGGGAGUGUCCUGUGUAUUUUGCUGAACGUUUUUAUAUAAAUGUAUUUGUGAAACCAACUGUUGGCUGCUGAACAGAAAGAGAGAGAGAGAAGCUCAAAGACUCAUCUUUAUUAUCUGAAAGUGUUCUUAAAGUGGCCAGUCAAGUUGAGGCUGGAGGGACUUGAGAGAAGUUCUGAGCUAAAUCACUCACACCGGACACAUCACUGGACACCUGGAUGACCAACUCAUUGGAGAACAAACUUAUUAGAGAAAUCCGAAUUAAGAAGAAUCACCAACUUGGUUGACUUACCAAUGGGACAGCCUCAUCCAAUCACAGAUUGAAUUGGACUUUGAGAGAAGUUCUCCCUUCUGCCAUCAGCAAGUUGUGGCCACCUCAGCUCCUCGGUGCUAAUAAUUUCAAAGUGUCUGUGGUCCUUGGUUCUCAUGGUGACUACUGGCAUGUUGUUAAUAGGUGAGUACAUGAUAUAAUACUGUUGGUUGAACAGGAAGAGAGCCAGAUAUAGGGACUGGCUGUCAGUUCCUGUACUAUAAACUCUAGGAACUAAAUUGAGGACCAACAGCUAACUACUCUUAGUAAUGUGAAGAACAUCAAAUAGCCUGCUACACUCUUAUCCUCAGAGUGAACAAGGACUAUCAUGCAACUGCACAAGACGACGGUUGAAAGCCUACUUACUCAAAGCACCUUUAUACUGCUAUGCCAGCAUCUUCAAGUCUCCAGGAUGAGGUGUAACUAAGCCAGAGUGUUGAGAGGAAGCUGAGGCAGCGAUGGGUGGCCAAGAUUGGUCAUGAUGGUGGGCAGCACAGAGACCCUCCUCUCACUGCAGUAGUUGUCAUCUUCGCCCUCCUGCUACUUACUCAUUGGCUCUGGGAGAUGUGGAGUCAGUCCCAAAGUGGCAUCAGUAGUAGUGUGGGCAAGGGGAAGGUCAGACUCCUGGGAGAAUGUGGGCCUCUAGCCGAGUAACUAUCACAGCAACAGGUGGCGGUGAUGGAGGAUGGGGCGGGGAAGUUCUUAAAGGAAGGCGAUCUUGAGGAUGAGCAUAAGGAGGGCCGAAAUGCCAGCAGUCAGUGGUACUGUCACAACCCAGGCAAUGACAAUGUUCCUGUGGGAGGAGGAAAUACGGUGUAUUUAGUGCCAAAGCUGUGCCAUUAAUGUGUCUGAAUGAAGAGAGAGAGAAGGAUAAAUUCAUAAGUUAGGGGCUGCAAUUAGUGACUGAAGGGGGUGAGGAAGUGAUUGAUUGAAUGACUGAUAUGUGAGAGGCUGUGCUGAGUGACUGGUUUGUAAACAUACUGUGGUCUGAGGAGAAGAGAGGAAAGAAGAGGAGAGGAGAGAAGAGAAGGAAUCCUCACACUACUCUUGUCCUCUCCACCUCUGCCUCAAACCCAGUCAUAUGCUCUUAAUUUUGCACAUCUCUUUUUAACUGGUGAACCAUCUCAUGUAGAAAGGCUUCAUUUGCAAGAAACAGCCUAACAAUCUCAACACAAACAUCCACUAAUAUCACUCCUUGUUCCGUCCAGGUAUCUAUCUCGAGUUUCAUACCCAUUUCCACCUUUUCAUUCAUCAUGCCUGUAUUUCUGCAUUCAUCACAAUCCUCCACAAUCACCUUUCUUCCCUUACUCUUCAUUUAUUUAUAUCGCUCCAAAAAUUUGUUUCAUUUUCUUCAAUGGUGCAUAUUGCAAAGUGCCUCACACAGACAGAUUCACACUUAACCAUUCUAAUCUUACAAUUUCUUGUGUCCUCUUCUAAUUCUUACAAUUUCUUGUGUCCUCUUCUAAUUAUGUCUUAUUCCAACCUUAAUGAUGCAUCAGAUUUAUGUCUAGAUACCUCUUUUUAGUUUUCAUUCAUCCUCCACAUCAUUGUCUAAUAUAAUGCCUUCAAAAUUAUUAAAAUUAGGUUAAAAAAAAGUUGCUUCAAAAUUAUUAAAAUUAGGUUAAAAAAAAGUUGCAAUGUUUUGCAGAUUCAAGAAUGCAUUAUGAAAAAAAAGUUAAGUGUGAAAACAAAAUGUAGUUAGUGAGAAAAUAAAAUGUAGAAGUACACAAGAUAUGGAUGAUGAUUGUGAUGUGACAUAAUUGAAGUGGACAGUUAUUGAUGGAAUGAAGGCAUUUCAUCAUUGAAAAUCAUCAUGUCAAUGUAUUGUGCUGUGAAAAUUUUUAAUAAAAUUUUUUAUACAUGAA